CGCCGCGGAUCCUCUUUUUAGGUACGUUCUCAUUGAGUGAGCCGCCGGCCCCCCUGAUCGGGUACUCCCCGAAAAAAAAACACAACAAUAAUAAUAUGAAACACCUUCACGAGUCACAAUUAUUAUCAUCAUCGUCGUCAUCAUCAUCAUCAUCAGCAUCGUCGUCAUCGCACAUCAUCGUCCAGAUCGUCAUAUUCGUGUUUUAUGCUCCCUCUUACCCCGUUAACGGGUAAAAGUCGUGUAGUGAUCUCCGUCGUCUCGCCACUAUAAAGACAGCCGGCGCAUCCCUAGACGGCAUCAUUCACACCUCGUCAGUCCGUCUACCACAUAGUGUUUGCAGACUUACAGUAUCGUCGUAUCGUCAACAAGCAGCACUGCACUCAGCCGCCAAAACAGUCGAGAUGAAUAUAAUAUUUUUGUUGGUACUAUCAAUUGCCUUUGUGGUAGCCGAACCACCUAGUUAUGGUAGUAAUGGAGGAGGUGGGACUAGCGGAGGAAAUAAAAACGGAGGAUAUGGUGGUAAAGGACAAUAUGGAGGUGGAAGUAGCGGAAGUGGCUCGUCGUCACUAAGUCCGUUUUUCAGUGGAGCAAAUCAAUAUGGAUCUCAAUCUAGUCAGUCUGGAGCUGGAAACCGAUAUUCUUCAUUAGGAUCUAAAUUUGGAGGAAGUCGUGGUGGUUAUGGAGGAUCCGGCUCACGUAACAAUCGUUAUGGAAGUGGUUCAUCGGGUAACCUAGGAAGUGGCUCAUCUGGCGGCUACGGUGGCGGAUCCUCUGGUGGAUUUGGUGGUGGAGCAGCUGGCGGUUACGGAGGCGGAUCUUCAGGUUUCGGAGGUGGCUCAUCCGGCGGUCUUGGAGGAGGCUCAUCCGGUGGUUAUGGAAGCGGAUCUGGCGGUCUUGGAGGAGGCUCAUCCGGCGGUUAUGGAAGCAGAUCUGGCGGUCUUGGAGGAGGCUCAUCCGGCGGUUAUGGAAGCGGAUCUGGCGGCCUUGGAGGUGGCUCAUCUGGCGGAUAUGGAAGCGGAUCUGGUGGUUUAGGAGGUGGGUCGUCCGGUGGUUAUGGAAGUGGAUCUGGCGGUCUUGGAGGAGGCUCAUCCGGUGGUUAUGGAAGCGGAUCUGGCGGUCUUGGAGGUGGCUCAUCCGGCGGUUAUGGAAGCGGAUCUGGCGGUCUUGGAGGAGGCUCAUCCGGCGGUUAUGGGAGCGGAUCUGGCGGCCUUGGAGGUGGCUCAUCUGGUGGAUACGGAAGCGGAUCUGGCGGUCUUGGAGGUGGCUCAUCCGGCGGAUAUGGAAGCGGAUCUGGUGGUUUAGGAGGUGGGUCGUCCGGCGGCUAUGGAAGUGGAUCUGGCGGUCUUGGUGGAGGCUCAUCCGGUGGUUAUGGAAGCGGAUCUGGUGGUUUAGGAGGUGGGUCAUCCGGUGGAUACGGAAGCGGAUCUGGUGGUUUAGGAGGUGGGUCAUCCGGUGGAUACGGAAGCGGAUCUGGUGGGUUAGGAGGUGGCUCAUCCGGCGGCUAUGGAAGUGGAUCUGGCGGUCUUGGAGGAGGCUCAUCCGGCGGUUAUGGAAGCGGAUCUGGCGGCCUUGGAGGUGGCUCAUCCGGUGGUUAUGGAAGCGGAUCAGGAGGUUUAGGAGGUGGAUCGUCCGGAGGUUAUGGAAGUGGAUCCGGUGGUUUAGGUGGUGGCUCGUCUGGUGGCUAUGGAAGCGGAUCCGGGGGUUUGGGAGGUGGCUCAUCCGGUGGUUAUGGAAGCGGAUCGGGAGGUUUAGGAGGUGGAUCAUCCGGAGGUUAUGGAAGUGGAUCCGGUGGCUUAGGUGGUGGCUCGUCUGGUGGCUAUGGAAGCGGAUCCGGUGGUUUGGGAGGUGGCUCAUCUGGCGGGUAUGGAAGCGGAUCAGGCGGUUUAGGAGGUGGGGCCUCUGGCGGAUAUGGAAGUGGAUCAGGCGGUUUAGGAGGUGGAGCCUCUGGCGGAUAUGGAAGUGGAUCAGGCGAUUUAGGAGGUGGCUCAUCCGGCGGAUAUGGAGCUGAUGGUAACCAAUUUGGAGGUGCUGGCGGAAACGGUGCCGGAGGAUCUGGAAAUGAUCCAUUAGCGGAACCGGCUAAUUAUGAAUUUUCAUAUGAAGUAAAUGCGCCUGAAUCAGGAGCUAUUUUCGGUCAUAAAGAAAGUCGUCAAGGUGAAGAAGCAACUGGAGUGUAUCAUGUACUAUUACCUGACGGCAGAACACAAAUUGUGGAAUAUGAAGCCGAUGAAGAAGGAUAUAAGCCAAAAAUUACCUACACUGAUCCAGUUGGAGGAUACGCUGGUGACCGUCAAUCUGGCAAUGGUUUUGGUGGAAAUGGUGGUGCAGGAGGCGCGGGAGGCUCGUAUGGGAAUGGAAAUGGAGGAGGCAAUUAUGGACAAGGCGGUGGCAAUAGCGGUUCAGGUAGCUCUUAUGGAUCAGGCAGUGGUAGUGCAGGAGGAUUAAAUGGAGGCCAAGGCGGUUCUUAUGGCGGUUCCGGUGGUGCUGGCAACUUGGGAGGCGGCUAUGGUGGUUCCAGUGGAAGUGCCGGAGGAUCUUAUGGUGGAUUUGGCGGUUCAAAUGGUGGACUCGGAUCCGGUGGCUACAACAGUUUAGGAGGUUCUGGAAACGGAUUGAGUAGUUCAUAUGGAGCUCCUAGUGGUAACUCAAAUAGUGGUUUAGGUGGUGGUUAUGGGGGAUCGGGUAGCAAUGGCCUAAGUGGUUCAUAUAGCGUACCAAGUGGUUCCAGCGGUAGCAUAACAGGUGCGUACGGAUUACCGGGUGGUUCUAGUAAUGGUGUUGGCGGUCGCAAUUCUCUAGGUAGUGGAUCAUCAUCUUAUUAGUUACUUUUUCAUUGCUCAAAUUCAUAUAAUUCUUGUUAAAUAAUAUUUCAGUACAUGCAAUAAUAUUGUUGUAAUAGUAUAGUUUUCUGUUUUUAUAAAUUCUACUUGUACUUACUAUCUUUAUAUAUUGUAUUUAAUCGUAUUGUGUUCCAAUCAUGAUAAG